AUGUUGCUUGUUUCUAAAAUGAAAUCUUACUCCAACUGUAAAUGGAAUACAACACGAGAUUCCACUGGACCGAAAGAUUCAAUGAAAAACCUUCCGAAGGAUCGCAAGUUAACUGUGGAAGAAACUGUAGUGUUUGCAGCAUUUUUGAGACUUCCACGGACCAUGACCAGGCAACAAAAAUAUGCUAGAGUUGAGAUGAUUGUGAAGGAACUGGACCUGGAAAGAUGUCGUCAGAUAGUCAGACGAGGUUUCGUUAAGGGAGUAUCUGGAGGAGAAAGAAAAAGAACCAGUAUUGGCUAUGAAAUUCUUGUUGAUCCUUCCUUAUUGUUGCUUGAUGAACCAACGUCAGGGCUUGAUUCCACCUCUGCUAACAAACUACUUCAAAUUCUUGAAAAAAUUGGUCAGGCAGGGAGGACAGUAAUCAUAACAAUCCACCAGCCAUCAAGCAGAAUGUUUCACAUGUUCGAUAAACUUCUGCUAAUAUCAGAAGGCUAUCCUGUGUACUAUGGGAAGGCUAGAGAGUCUAUGGACUAUUUUUCAUCUUUGAGCUUCAUCCCAGAAAUAGCAAUGAAUCCUGCAGAGUUCUUGCUAGAUUUAGCAACAGGACAGGUGAAUGACAUUAGUGUCCCUGAAGGGUUAAUGGCAUCUCAAGGAGCUUCUGAUGCUGAGAGGGCUGUAAUCAAAUAUCUGCAACUCAAAUACAAAACUCAAAUAGAGCCAAAAGAGAAGGAAGAGAAACAUCGAAACACGAAAGCACCGGAGCAUCUUCAAGUGGCGGUCCAAGUUAAGAAAGACUGGACACUGUCCUGGUGGGAACAGUUCAUGAUAAUUUACAAGAGAACAUUCAGAGAAAGGUGUAGAGAUUACUUUGACAAGCUAAGACUGGUUCAAGCUCUAGGAAUUGCUGUCUUGUUGGGCCUUCUUUGGUGGAAAUCCAGCACUGCAACCGAGGCUCAGCUCAGAGACCAAGUUGGUCUAUUAUUCUACAUAUGCAUUUUCUGGACAUCUUCAUCGAUAUUUGGAGCAGUCUAUGUGUUUCCAUUUGAAAAGGUUUAUUUGGUGAAAGAAAGAAAAGCAGAUAUGUACAGAUUAAGUGUAUAUUAUGCCUGCAGCACUCUGUGUGACAUGGUGGCACAUGUUUUCUAUCCUACAUUGUUCAUGGUUAUUGUAUACUUCAUGGCUGGCUUCAAAAGAACAGUUCCCUGCUUCUUCCUGACACUGCUUGCUAUACUUCUGAUAGCUGUCACUAGCCAAGGGGCAGGAGAGCUAUUUGGAGCUGCAGUUUUGAGUAUUAAGAGAGCUGGAAUGAUUGCUUCUUUGAUACUAAUGCUGUUUCUUCUCACAGGAGGCUACUAUGUCCAGCACAUACCAAAAUUUAUGCAGUGGUUGAAGUACUCGUCCUUCAUGUACUAUGGGUUCAGACUUCUUCUAAAAGUGCAAUAUUCAGGAGAUCAAUUGUACGAAUGCGAAAGCAAAGGAGGAUGCCGGACUUUGCAGAGCUCGCCUUCGUUCAACACGGUGAACCUGAAGGGUGGUUUGCAAGAAGUUUGGGUGUUAUUAGCCAUGGCCCUGGGAUAUAGAAUUUGCACAUACUUCUGCCUUCGCAAGAGGAUUAGUGUAUGCCAACUUUAAAUGGAUGAUACAUUGACAAGAUAACAUCAAAAUAAUGAAGAUAACAUCUUCUUGAACAUGCUUUAAUGUUGUA